GUGAAGAAAGGAUUUCAAAGGUUAAUGGCCUGCUGUGGUCGAUUGCAAUAUUUACUUCUCAGUACAAGUAGAGUCGUGGUCGUGGACGCACUUACAGCCAAAGGUAGUUUUUGUUACUUAUUCUUAUUUCAAUAAAGACAAGAUGGGUUACUUCAGCUACAUCAACCCGGACGACUCAUCGGACUGCGACUCCGACUUCUUUGAUUGGGACUCCGACGAGUCUGGCGACUCCGAUCUGAACGAGGGGGAGCUGCUCUGCGGCGCAGAUUAUUCGAGCAAGAAACAACUUGCCUUUCAGAUUUUCGGCGAAGAGAAAGCAAAGCAGAAAAGGCAAGAAUGGAACGACGCGCAGCUGAAGAAGCCAGCGCUGGACCGCCGUGCGGAGAGGAAGCAAGUGCACGGCCUUCAUCAAAAGAACGGGAUGAAAGUAAAGGCUGUUCUUGCCACCACGGGGAGAAGCAAAGAAACCAUCAAAAAGGACGGCAAAACUAAAAUAAACACCUCUGCUGCUCCUGCUGCAUCUGCUGGAAGUAAAGCGAUAAUGGCGGGAAACGAGGAGAGAGCCUCAACUGAUAGAGCCACGACAGACUCAAGAAACCUGUCCGGCAGAGGAGAGGGGCCCUUGAUGGGGGAGCAGUCUGCGUCUUGCUUUACCACGACUACACUGCUGGCAGGUGAACAUGAUAGAAGCAGCGCGAGUUAUUGUUGUUCUACCCCCGCAAGAAGUACAACAUACGACCCGGCCGACGAACUACAUCCGCGGAUCGUCCAAGCCGCACGGGAUGGGGAUGUGGAGUUUGUAAAGAAAAUUCUCGACCAGCACCCAUGCAAGCGCCUUGAGGACGACAACGUCGAGGCCCGUCGCAAAGGACCUGGAUGGCAGGACGACACCCCGUUGCUCGCCGCGGCGCGAGAGGGCCACGUGGAGAUGGUGCUGGAGUUGCUUAUUCGGGGCGCCAACGCGGGCGCGGAGAGGAAGAUGCCUGGUAGUUUGAUGUGCACCGCCACUGCGGCUGGGUCAAUCUGGCGACAAAAAAUUGCACCGGAGAAGGAAGAGUACAAGCGGUGUAACUCUACCGGGAAGUACGACGCGAUUCUCAGGAUGUUGAAGGUUGCGGAAAAGUUCGCAGCGGUUCUGAAACCGCUUUCGACGGACACUUUGCGGGAGCAAAAGAUUCCUGACAAACCUCUGAAAAAGGAAACCGCCAUGGAACUGACGACUUUGGAACUGAAGGCGGUACUGGAGAAGCACGAUGUGCAAGUCACCUCUACCACGAAGAAGCGCAAGCACAAGCUAGCCGAGCGCGUAGCGGAAACGACUUCCAUGCAGGAGAUUUUUGAAGAGGAAAUGAAAAGGUGGAAAGAAGAGACUGCGGCCGUCCGGGCGGCUCGCCUGCUUGAUGCCGCCGAAUUGGGGAGGGCAACAACCGCUUUGGCAAAAGCGAGCAUAGAACCAGUUCAGGAGCCGCAUAGCAGUGCAACUAAUCCUGCUGGAGACGACGAGGCUGGUGACGGCUCUUGUUCCAUUUUAUCGGCUGAUGAGAAAAAAGCGUAUGUCAGAAAUAAUCGGCUUUUUGUGCUUUCGACGCACGAUGUUGAUGUAGUGAACGACACGAAGAAAAAGAACCAGACGGGAAAAGACGGACGCACGCUAGACGAACAACUACGGGCGGCUCUGGCAGCGUGCAAUUCGUCCUCCGCGGGGACAGGGUCUGGGGCUGCGUCAUCUUUGCAGCUGUUGUCACCAUUUGUAUCGCCUUCUGCGUCUGACAUUUUUGAGAAGGAACGAGACGCCGCCACUGAUACUGAGACGGAGAAUUGUCCGUUGAUGUUCCGCUGCAUGGGCUGCAGAGCGUUCUUCCAAAGUGCAGGGUCGGUGGCCGCGCACCAAGAAAUGUCCAAGCGGUGCCCGAUCUCGGCGAGCUUUCGUCCAGAAGGGUGCCAGCGAGGCGGGAAGAAGGCGAAUGGUGCCAUUAACAACAUAAUUCCCCAAAACUGGAUGAACCGAGACGCGCAGCCUUCUCCGCAAAACGAAUUUUUUCAUCCGCACGCUCCACGACCCGCAGAGCAAGUUUUUAAUUUUCAACCUCAACAUCAAGUGUUACUUUUUCCACCGCCACCACACGCAUUUCAGCCGCAAAUCCAAUCGCAAGCGUUUCCCUUUCAUCAAGCGCCGCCGGCAGCCUUUUAUCCGCAACCUCCGCAACCGUUUUUUCAUCACCAGUCCCAUUGGUCAUUCCCGUCACCACAAGAACCAAGCUCGUGGGGACAAAAAUCUUCAAGCUCAGCCUCCAGGUAAAUGCUGUUCCCCCUAAAAGAACAACAUUUGCAGUACGUACAUUAUGAUCUGCCGGGAGGUCCUCGUGGUCCUUGUGUUAUUUUGUAAGUCGGAUAUUGAUGUUGGGAGGUCUCCAUCAAGAGACGUUCGAAACGCUCGCACUUGGUUGAAUUUUUUUUCCGCACAUGAGAUGUUAUUUCCCAUUACAAACAAAUACAAAAGGAGGUGGACCGCCUGCAGGGUGCGGUGAACGUGAAAAAAGAAAUUGACAAAAGUACGAG